AUGGCGCUCAGCGUCGGCGUGCGGCGGCUGUGGCGGCUGCCGGGCCGCGGCGAGCGCCAGGUGCAGCUCAGCUUCCGAGGCUUCACCCAGAAGACGAGGAAGAUCCGCUGCGGCUCGGAGGCCGUCUUCGGGGAGCUCUUUCGCUGGUCUCACUACGGGAAGCUGGCUGUGGGAGAAAUGCUGUCCAUUAAGGUUUACAACUGCAGCAAGGUCUUCAGUAACAGGCUCCUUGGCACCCUUGUCCUCAGCCUUCAGCACCUGGUGACUGCUGGGAGGCUGAUCCUCCGUGAGGCCCUUGUCGACAGGAACCACAGAGUCACUGGGAUCUACAUUGAGUUGGAUUUGCGCUACCAGCCUCCAGAUGGCUCGGCUGGGACCUGGGUUGAAGAGGACUUUGUCUAUCACAUGAAAGAUAGCUCUGAGUUAACCAUCCGCAACCCUGGGUUUGAGGAGCUGGAGUCAGCUGAGGGGCCGAGAGCGAGUGAGCUGGACAGGAGGGCUGCCACGCUGGGCAGGAAGCUGGCAAAAGGCCUGGACACUGAAGAGGAAGAAGAAGAGGAAGAAGAAGAUUUCUACGAUGUGUCUGAGAUGGAGGUCUCAGGCAUUGUCUUCAGCCCUGUGAGGAGCCGCUCCAGACUCUGCUCUGCACGGGACCUUUUUGCCACCCCAACCCCACAGAGCUUCCAGGUUGGGGUUAAUAUCAUUGAAGCACAGAAGCUGGUGGGGGUGAACAUUAACCCCUUCGUGGUAGUCAGAGUUGGAGAGGAGAAGAGACACACAGCGACACAGAAGUCAACAAACUGCCCCUUCUACAAUGAAUACUUUUUAUUUGAAUUCCAUGAGCCAAGAGACGUUUUAUUCCACAGACUCAUAGAGAUCUCGGUUUUUCACUCCAAGAAGAUCCCGUUCCUGGGCACGUGCAUCGGGACAUUCAAGAUGGAUGUGCUGACAGUGUACAGCCAGCCAGAUCACAGGUUUUUCCAGAAGUGGGCUGUUAUCAGUGACCCCACGGACACCCGGGCUGGCGUGAAGGGCUUUGUCAAGUGCAACAUCUCUGUCACUGCCCGUGGGGACGUGGUGGGCUCUCUCCCCACCUCCUCCAGCAGCCGGGUUGAGGACAUUGAGAGGAACCUGCUGCUGCCUAAGAGAGUCCCUGCAGAGAGACCCUGGGCCAGAGUCUGUGUCAAGCUGUACCGUGCCGAGGGCCUGCCCAGCAUGAAUGCAGGCAUCAUGGCUGGCUUCUCCAAGAUCAUCGGGGACAAAACAGUCUUUAUCGAUCCCUACAUGCAGGUUUCCUUCUGUGGGCAGCAGGGGGAAACAUCAGUGGAGACCAACACCACUGAGCCUGAGUGGAACGAGCAGAUCAGCUUCAUUGAAAUGUUCCCACCUCUGGCCAGGAAGAUCAAAGUCCAGAUUCUGGAUGAUGCCAACGUGGGUGAUGUGGCCAUUGCUACACACUACAUUGACCUGCAGCAGAUCUCAGACCCUGGCAGGAAUGGCUUUAACCCCACGUUUGGCCCAGCCUGGGUGAACCUGUAUGGCUCCCCCCAGAACUCAGCCCUGCGAGAUGUUCACAGGAGCCUCAACGAGGGCAUGGGCCAGGGCGUCUGGUACCGCGGGCGCCUCCUCCUGGCCGUCACCGUGGAGAUCUUCAGCAGCCCCAGCGUGCCAGAGAGGAAGCUUGGGGACAAGACAAAAGGUGCCCUGGGCAAACUGAAGCUGAAGAAGAAAAGUAAGAAAGCCAAGGAGAAAGCCAAAGAGCGGAGCCAGCUGCAGGGAAAGGAGGAGGCUGCGGGCUCUCAGGAGGCUGAGCAGCCUGAGGAGGUCACGGUGGAGGUGGAAGAGCUUCAUCCACUCCCUGAGAAUGCAUUGGGAAGGAAGGAGGAAUUCCUCCUCUUUGCUGCUUUCUUUGAAGCCACUAUGAUGGAUUCCUCUCUCAACAACAAGCCUGUCAGCUUUGAGGUCUCCAUAGGAAACUAUGGCAAAGCUGAAGAGGUUGUGACCAAAGCAGGGAGGAAAGUGGAAAAGGGAGAAGUGAAAGAAGAAAAACAGCCUUUGCUGGACCCUGGUUCAGAUGGUGAGCUGGAUGUUGAAGUCCUGGCCCCAACUUCAGCAGCACAGAACAAGUCAGUGACAAAGAGCCAGAGAGCAGAGCCCAUGCAGUAUGACAGGUCAUACAGUUGCCUGCCCAUGAUGCAUGAGAAGCCCUGUGUGUACGUGUGGAGCUACUGGGAGGAUCACACCUGGAGACUCUUCAUUUCCAACUGGAUUGUCAAGCUGGCUGAGCGUCUGGACCAGGGGCUGGAUAAUGUGGAGAAACUCCUGAGAGGGCCAAAGGCUAAAGCAGAGGAACGUCUCAGGGAGGUGCUGGAGGAAUUUGUAGCUGGCUGCAGGCACUAUUCCCUCAGUGCAGAGAGGAAAACAAUGGCACAUCCAACCAACCUCGACAGGUGUCGGACCAAGUACCUGAUGCGCAACAUCAUCCUGUGUGCCAAGCAGGGGCUGCGUGUGAGGCGGCGGCUGACUCGAGCCAACGUCAGGGAGAAGGUGAAGGACACGAGGAGGAUCCUGGCAAAGCUGCGCUUCAUGGCUGAAGAGCCCCAGUGCACCCUCCCUGAUGUACUCAUCUGGAUGCUGAGCAACAACAGGCGUGUGGCAUAUGCAAGAAUCCCUGCACAGAACAUCCUCUACUCAGUAGUUGAAGAGGAGAAAGGCAAGGACUGUGGGAAGAUCCAGACUGUCUUUAUGAAGGUCCCUGGCUUACACACUGGGGAGCUCUUUGCCAAACUGGAAAUCUACAUGUGGCUUGGGGUCACCAAAUAUGCCAAGAACUGUUUGGCAGAGCUGCCUGAGGAGUUCAAGUACCUCUCUGAGAGUGGACAGGAGAUAGUGCAGCUCUCGGCCUCCAGCCCUCCCAGCCGCCUCAGCAGGGAUGAUUUCAGCUACUUCCAGCUCCGAGCUCACCUGUACCAGGCUCGAGGGAUCCUCCCUGCAGAUGACAAUGGCCUUUCAGAUCCAUUUGCCAGAGUGGUGUUUUCCACUCACUGCCAGACAACCAGGAUGCUGGAGGAGACACUGAGCCCCAUGUGGAAUGAACUCCUUCUGUUUGACCAGCUCAUCAUUGAUGGGGAAAAAGAUGAGUUGAAAACAGAGACCCCCAUUGUUAUAAUCAACCUUUUCAGCCACAACAAAUUUGGCUCCCCCGAGUUCCUCGGGCAGGCCUUUGCCGUCCCGCAGGUGAAGCUGGUGGAUGAGCCGUACACCAAACCUGCCCUGCAGUUCUUCGAUUUCUACAAAGGCACCAGAGCAGCAGGGGAGCUCAUUGCCACUUUUGAGCUGAUUGAGCUGGAUUACAGUGGCUAUUUGGAGCCCUCAGUGCCUGAGGAUGUGGAGCCCAAAGAGCCCGAGUUCCUGGGAGACCCCCGUGCUGGACGGUUCAUCAUCCCGCCAGGCGUCCGGCCCGUGCUGAAGGAGUUUCGCAUAGAGAUCCUGUUCUGGGGCCUGCGGGACCUGAAGCGGGUGAACCUGUUUGAAGUGGAUCAGCCCCAGGUGAUCAUCGAAUGUGCUGGCAAGAAGGUGGAGUCCGAGGUGAUUGUGGUGUACAAAGAGAACCCCAACUUCACCGAGCUGGUCAAAUACAUGGAUGUGGAGCUCCCAGAGCAGGUUUACUUGCACCCUCCCCUCAGCAUCUUCGUGGUGGAGCAGCGGGCGUUCGGGCGCACGGUGCUGGUGGGCACACACGUGGUGUCUGACGUCAUGAAGUUCUCUCCCCGAGAGCUGGAGGAGGAAUCAGAACAUGUACCCAAAGCUCGGAAAGUGUCAUCCCAGUGCCUUCCCUCGCACACUGUGGUGAACAUUGGCCUGGCAGCUGGUGACCCCCGUCCCAGCACCCAUCCCCUGAGCCUUGUCAAGGCUCCUUUGAAGAAAAUUCCUAUCAAUAAACUUGUAAAGAAAGAGGAUGAAUAUGAAGAGGAAAAACCAGAGCUGGAAGAGCUGGAUUGGUGGUCCAAGUACUAUGAGUCCCUGAAGGAACUGUAUAACCAGACUCGCAGUGAUGAGGAAGAUGCUGAAAAUGAUGACCUGAAUGAUGCAGAUGGAGGGAAUUUAAAUGCAUCCUCCAUUGACAUGGAAGCAGAAGAUGAGGCAGUGAUUGAAGCUGAACCUGCUCGACCCAAAAGGAAGCACAUUGCUACCCUUCAGAUCUACAACUCUGAGCUGGAAAAUGAGUUUGGGAACUUUGAAGACUGGCUGUGCAUUUUCCCACUGCAUCGAGGCAAAGCAAAUGAGGAUGAAGAUGGAAAUGAGGACGAGAACUUUGUGGGGAAGUACAAGGGCUCUUUCUAUGUCUACCCUACUGAGGAAGCUGGCACAGAGCCCAAGGUCUCCCAGGGUGUUCCAAGAAACAGACCCAUCAAGGUGCUUGUCAGAGUUUACAUUGUUAAGGCUACAAACCUGUCUCCAGCAGACCCCAAUGGCAAAGCAGACCCCUACGUGGUGGUGACUGUGGGGCAGGAGCAGAGGGACACAAAGGAGCGAUACAUCCCAAAGCAGCUCAAUCCCGUGUUUGGAGAAGUCAUGGAGCUGACAGUCUCCUUUCCCAUGGAGUCAGAACUCACCGUGGCAAUAUUCGACCACGACCUGGUGGGAUCCGAUGACCUGAUUGGGGAGACCAAGAUUGACUUGGAGAAUCGAUUCUACAGCAAGCACAGGGCCAACUGUGGAGUGGCUUCUCAGUAUGACAUAAGUGGCUACAACAUGUGGCGAGAUGCUUUCAAGCCCACGCAGAUCUUGGAUAGUUUAUGCAAGAAGAACUCGCUCCCAGCAGCAGAAUACAGACAGGAGGAGGUCAAAGUGGACAACAAAAUAUUCAAAGUCCCUCCAGAGGCUUUUCCUGAAGAGGCCUCGGGGAGGAACAACAGAGGAGAGGCAGAUGAAAACUGGUCAGUGGAUGAUGAACAUAAGGCUUUGUACGUCCUGCAGCACUGGGAGGAGAUGCCAGGAUACGGGUACAAGCUGGUACCAGAGCAUGUGGAGAUCCGGACCCUGUACAACCCUGAGAGCCCUGGGCUUGUGCAGGGCUCUCUGCACAUGUGGAUUGACAUGUUUCCAAAUGAUGUCCCUGCACCACCACCUGUCAACAUCAAGCCACGGCUGCCUGUCAGCUAUGAGCUGCGUGUCAUUAUCUGGAACACGGAGGAUGUGAUCCUGGAUGAUGUGAACCCCAUAACAGGAGAGCCUUCCAGUGACAUCUAUGUGAAAAGCUGGAUAAAGGGUCUUGACCACGAGAAGCAGGAGACAGAUGUUCACUUCAACUCCUUGACUGGGGAGGGCAAUUUCAACUGGAGGUUCAUCUUCCGCUUCAGCUACCUCCCAACUGAGAAGGAGAUCACCUACAGGAGGAAGGAUUCUGUCUUCUCUGUGGAGGAGUCGGAGUUUCGGGAGCCGGCGGUUCUGGUCCUCCAGGUGUGGGACUACGACAGGAUCUCAGCCAAUGACUUCCUAGGCUCCAUCGAGCUGAAGCUGCACGACAUGGUGAGGGCUGCCAAGAGCUCAGAGCACUGCAGCAUCAGGAUGGCCAAGGAGGACGCGAGCCCUCGCUUCUCCAUCUUCCGCAACAAGCGCAUGAGGGGCUGGUGGCCCUUCAUCAAACUCAGAGGUCAGGAAGACGAGGAGAGGGAGGACAAGAGGAAGAAGAAGAAGAAAAAGAAGUGGAGCAGCUCAGUGAAACCAGAGGAUGUGGAGUUCACAGACCCCAGUGGGCACAAAUACCUGCUGACGGGUAAGGUGGAGGCAGAGUUCCAGCUGCUGACUGUGGAGGAGGCUGAGAAGAGUCCCGUUGGUCUGGGCCGAAAAGAGCCUGAACCCUUGGAAAAGCCCAAUCGGCCAAAGACUUCUUUCAACUGGUUUGUGAAUCCCAUGAAGACUUUUGUGUUCUUCAUCUGGAAGCGGUACAAGAAGUACAUCAUCGUGCUGCUCGUUGUCGCCCUGCUCACCAUCUUCCUGGCUCUUCUGAUCUACACCAUGCCUGGCUACAUCAGCCAGAAGAUCAUCAAUGGAUAAAUGCUCUCCAGCACAGGGCCCCUCAAAGACAGGGGUAAACGUUGAAGGGACUACUGCAGGUGCAGGGUGAGAGCCCUGCAGAGUGGCCUCUCUUUGGGGAGUCACAUUUCACGUGAACUACCCAGAUGAUGCCGAGAAACCAAGUAACUGACCAAUCAAAUGAGGCAGUUACAGCUUGGGGGGAAAAAUGGUUCUUUAUGGCACUGGUGGGGGAAGGUGGGAAAAGGGCAUGUGCUGGGGCUGAGUCUGCACAGCUGAAAGCAGCUUCUGUUCUUGUGCAUGGUUGUAGCAGAGAGGGGGACGUGGAGAGCCACCCACACCCCGGCAUGGCAGCGCUUGGCAUCGCUUGGCACUUCCCAGGCCCUUGUGUGAAGUCCAAACCACGGUGCAUGGGGGAAGGCAGGGCUGGGGGAGAGUCCUGGUGGAGGUAGGAUCUGGAAGACCUUGGAAUGGGGCUCACCAGGGAGAAGGGCAGCAGAGCCAUGAGCUUCCUGCUGUGCUAAGAACACAGGAACAGCUCUUGGAGUUGGCUCUGGAUGCGGUGAUGCUCCUCUGGACAUGGACUUUCUGGUUGUCAUUCCUCAUGAGCUGCUGAGCAGCUUUUCCUGCCUCUGCUGGGUUGGUUUCUGGUUGGCUUCAAGCUGAAUUUUGGCUCUUCAUUUCCAUGGGAAUAACAGCUCUUUGUC